AUGGUAUGGAUUAUGUGGUUUGGGACAGCCCUCUCCUACUACGGAAUGGUACUGGCCAGUGCUGAAAUCCUGCAGAUAAAAAAUGCCAACCAGUCGGGUGAAAAGUGCAAGUGUAACCUUCUCAAGAAAGAUGACUACACCAGCAUGAUUGUCUCAACACUAGGAGAAUUCAUUGCCCUUCCACUGCACAAAUGUCUCAUUGAUCUCGUGGGAAUUCGGUGGACAGGGGCUGUCAACCUGUUUGGGUGCGGUCUUUUCUUCAUUUUUCUUCAACUGCCAGUACCCAUGACCGUGUUGACCGGCUUCAUCUUCCUAGUCAGGGGUUGCUCUGCAGGGAUGUUCAACUUUAUCUACAUUUACACAUCUGCGGUGUACCCAACCACUAUACGAACUCUGGGCAUAGGAGCCGCGUCUUCCUGGGCUCGAGUAGGUGCCGUGGUGACCCCUUUCCUAGCACAGGUGCUGAUGGACACUUCCCUCACUGCUGCAGUAUGGGUGUAUGGCAGUAUAGGCUUCAUUUGUGCUGUGCUGUUGGAGACUUCCCUCACUGCUGCAGUAUGGGUGUAUGGCAGUAUAGGCUUCAUUUGUGCUGUGCUGUUGGACACUUCCCUCACUGCUGCAGUAUGGGUGUAUGGCAGUAUAGGCUUCAUUUGUGCUCAAUCUGUAUCAGUUGAAGUGGAUUAG